UCUCUCCUCCCCCCCAGCUCUCCAGCACCAAUAACAAGAGCAAGAUCAGCAGUGGUUGCAGCGGACACAGGGCGACCAAAGCUGGUCUGCACCCAGCCUGCGUCAAGGAGACAGGAACUGAAAGAGGCAGAUUCACAGUAACAAGAGAGAAGAGGGAUUUUUGUGGAAAAAAACGAUGCUUGCAGGAGGCUGUUACAUCUGGAUAUUACAACCUGAUACAGGCUAUAUUAUCAACACACUGGUUAGAGAAAUAAGUGUAUUGGAGAGAAGGGUUAUAAUUAUAUAGAAAGAAGGUUACAGAGAGGGAAAUACAGAACUGAAGAUUGUAGUUGAAAUUUAGUACUCAGAAUCUGGAUAGUAAGAAAGAAAAGUGAUAAAGAGGGAUUAAGGGGAAAGAGAGGUACACAAAUAAACCCUCAGAAAAAGAGUAAAGCAGACUGGGUACAAAGAAAAGUAAUAUGUAUAGAGAGUUAACAGAUACAUGGGGUGAACGGAAAAAAAUACUAGGAAAAAUAAGAGAAGCAAAAACUGAAUAUGAAAACAUUAAAGAAGAGGGCCCACUUAGCAAGUGAGAUAAGUUCACAGAGGUAUCUAUGUAUGUAGUAUACACAGCAGAGCCCUUAACUUACACAACAGCACAGCAGUGGCACAGCACAUAGAGGGACAUAGGAACAAACACAGUUAUCUCUCAUCAGCAGCAGCACAUUGACAUCCAUCCUGAGAACCUGCAGCCUAUCUGCAUCAUCUGUGUAAACAUCGGCCCCCCUCCCAUCCUGAGCUCAGAGCAGCACUCAGUCCAAGCUCACACGCUUACUCACAACCAUAGCAUCACCAGGAGCCGCAGGGAGCUCUCCAGCAGCCCACGUAGGGUUUGGUAUUGUUGGUGCUGCAACCUGUUUUCCAUCUUAACACAAGCAGCCUGCUGGUGCUGUACUUUGCUGGAUUUUAGCUUGAUUCUAAGGAGAGCGUUCUUAGCAAUUCUCUGUACCAUGGGCUGAUAAAGGCAUCUUGUAGAUACUUGCUAUACCAUUGUGGCUCACUUGAAGCUGUUCUGGUAAAUAAUCAUGUGACGAAGAGUAAGAAUCUCCUUCGUCUUUUCCUCAGUGACCAUCUGCAAUGUCAUAGAGGUGGCUGCCUGCUGCCUGUCAUCCCGCUCUCACUAUGAGCCUAUUCUGUGCCCUCUGGCCAAAAUUACUCUGGUCAUUCAGUCUAUGCUUCCUGGGGAUGACAGUGCCAAGGUCAGGAGCCUCUCCACUGAAUUGUCAUAACACCUGUGUCUGUGCCAGCGACAUCAUCAGCUGCUCUAAGAAGGAAUUGACCAUAGUACCCAGUGGGCUGCCCAACUACACUGCAGUGCUUGACCUCAGCCAUAAUAGCGUGACUCGCUUGCGGGCUGAGUGGACAUCAGCCCCUCUAAAGAAACUGCACACCCUGCUGCUCUCUCACAAUUCUCUUACCUUUAUAUCUUCUGAAGCUCUCAUCCUCACUCCCCAUUUGCGACAUUUGGAUCUGUCCUGCAACAAGCUCCGCUCCCUAGAAGAAAAUGUGUUCAGCGCCCUAGAGAACCUGGAGGUACUACUCCUCUUUCAGAACUCCAUUAACUACAUUGACCGCACCGCCUUUGAUGAAAUGGCACAUCUGCAGAAGCUAUACAUGAGUCAUAAUCUCAUAAACCGCUUCCCCCUUGAACUGGUAAAAGACGGAGAGAAGCUUCCAGAACUGGCACUCCUUGAUUUGUCCUUUAACCGCAUUAAGAUUCUGCCUGUCACUCAACUUCGGAUGCUGCCCGCCUGGGUCAGCAAUGGACUUUUCUUACAUGGGAAUCCACUGACCUGUGACUGUGAGCUUUAUGGACUCUACUGGAGCUGGCAUGUGAGGCAACUCUCCUCUAUCAUAGAUUUCCGAGAUGAACUGCGGUGCCACCCUGUGCCUCAAAACAAGCUUCUCACAAUCAACAUCUUUAUCCUCAACAGCAGUGAGGGGCUCAACUGCAGUGCAGUUCGAGAGGCUGGCAUGGAGGCAUACCUGGGAGAGACAGUCACCUUACACUGUGAUACUAAAUUAAGGGGUGGGAGCCAAGUGUGGAUAACCCCUGAUAAUGUAUGGGUACAGGCUCAUUCUGGGGGGACUAGUGGGAACCGAAGCGUAUCAGUACUGAGCAAUGGUAGUCUUCAGAUACGGCCGAUACGGUUAGAAGACAAGGGAACAUACACCUGUUAUGCCCAGGGUGAAUCACUGAAUGAAACACUGUAUGUGACUUUGACUGUGUUCAAUUUCACACAGCAUGUCCACCAAGACACAUUAAACACGGCUUACACAACUCUGGUGGGCUGCGUGGCCAGUGUUAUACUGGUGCUGAUAUAUUUAUAUCUUACCCCAUGUCGCUGUUGUUGUCGGCCUAGUGAUAAAGGUCAAGGAGAGGACAGAGACAGCAUCCGCUCUUCUGUCCUAAGUGCCACACCUAACCACGAGACUACCAGUGACAAGGCCGCACUCAGCCGUCAUGUAGCUUUCCUAGAACCCUCUGGAGAUCUGCGGGGCCAGAAUGGAAAACUAAAACCCAAUGGGUCACAGGAGGUGCCUGGAAUUAAGGGACCUCCAUUACAACCACAUUCACCCCACAGGAAGCUAUCAGACCCAGGAUCCAUCAGUUCAGUGUUCUCUGACACCCCUAUUGUGGUGUAAUGGAAGGAUUUUGCUAAAUGGGUGACAUGGAAGGACAGAAGGGUGCAAGGGAAAACUACCUGCAGAGCUGUAUCUCCCAUAUACCUUUCUAACAAUCUGUUCUGUGAUUUCAGCAUGUGCAUGUAUAGUGCGAGCUCAACCAAUGAGAGUGGGCAAGAGAGAGAAUACAGGAUAGAAACUGAAACUAUAAACAGCAAUACAAGAGACUGAGAACUGAAGUAGGGGAUUUGGUUUACAUAUAGCGAAAUGGAGGGGGUUGUGAAAGGUUAGACUUAAUGGAGUCAUGUAAUUGUCAGUUCCAUUUAGUUAUUUGCAUUAGUCCAUCAGCAAAUGUGAAAUUACAAGUAAACUAUUAAAUGCAGGAAUUCUCUUGUGGGCCAAAGCCAAACAAUUCAUCCGGCACUUACUGAAGGAAACUUUACUCUAAUUGCCAUAAAUUAAUUCUAUAGACACAAAUAUACAGCUUUCAUUGUACAUUUCUCCUGUUUACAAGUUGGCACUUACUGUGCUACAGUAAAAAAAAUGUUUGUUUUUCCCAGUAUAUCACACAGAUCCCAUCUUUUUUCAUGGUAACUUACCUAUUGUAUUAUGUCUCUCAGUGCUUAUAUGACUCAUACUGUGAUUGACCUUUUAAAGCAGAACCGUCCCAGAAAAAGCACAUUGUCUUAAAUAAUAAUGGCUUGGUUUGGCAUCGCUAUUAUUAGGCGGCCCUGGCAUUGGAAAUGCUACAUGUGCUGUGCCAGUUCAGCUUCGCCUUUCCCAGAAUCCUCCUCCCUUUAGCUUUGGAAGCUUAAAUACUCAGCAAGCUUAAAGCUCUCACAAACUGCAUAGCAAAUGUAUUUGUAAGUUUGGCAGAUAUAAAAAUAUAAGAAAAACCCUCCUGUGUGUUUGAGAGAAAACAUAACUAGCAAUUAAACCUUAGUUGUGCUAUAUCUCUCUUGCAUCCAUACUAAUGAGUAGAAGGUAUGCAAUUUUAAUAUAAAAGUAAUGUUUAAAAAUGGACAGUCUACUCCAGAAUUGUUAUUGUUUAAAAAAGAUAAUCCCUUUAUUAUUAUCAUUUAUUUAUUAUAAUUUAUUUGUAUAGCGCCGCCAAAUUCCGUAGCGCUUUAUUACCCAAUCCCCAGUCUUGCAUAAUCAAUACGGUUAUAUUAAUACACUUUUUACCUCUUUGAUUACCUUGUAUAUAAGUCUCUGCAGAAUGACCCCUUAUUUCAGUUCUUUUAACUGACUUGCAUUUUGCCCAAUCAGUGCUGACUUAUAUAUAACUCCACGGGAGCGAGCACAUCUAUAUGGCACACACAGACAGACUAGCUCUGUCUAGCUGUAAAAAAAAAAUUCAAAAUGCGGCCUUCAAGGGCUUAGAGUCUAGACAUUUGCAUAUGAGCGCCUACCUAGGUUUAGCUUUCAACAACGAAUACCAAGAGAACAAAGCAAAUUUAAUGAUAAAAGUAAAUUAGAAAGUUGUUUAAAACUGAAUGCCCUAUCUGAAUCAUGAAAGUUUAAUUUUGACUAGACUGUCCUUUUAAACAUACAUUUCAGACCUAUAAACAAAGCUGCCAUUUACUCACUUCUACAGAAUAUUUGUUUUGAUUUAAAAAAAAAAAAAACCCAUCAAUUUAAACAUGUUUAAAUUUAAACAAGCAGGAAUAUUUUUUUUUAUUUUUUUUUUUACCACAGGAGCAUCCCUUUAAAAAAAUGUAAUGCAUUUUAAUAAUAUCUUGUAUUUGCAGCAAUGAAAAAAAUGUCUUUAAUUCUGCAAUUUGACGUACACAAGCCUGCCAACCCUAGGAGUGUGUGUUUCACGAUUAUCCUUUGUGUGCAUAAAUGUUUUAGGCUUGCUUUUUUCAUUCUUGUUGUUAUAAAUGUUUAAAUGUAUUUUAGCAGUUUGUACACACAAAGGAUGGUCAUAAAAAUAUUGCAAAGAAAAAAACACAGACAACUGAACUGUUAUUUAAGAAUUUACUUAUAAUUUCACAAUUAAUGUAAUUCCCGGUAGACUCUUCCAUCAUGCAAAUGUGCUUCCACUUUUCACUGUUAUCGUUUGCUUUACCUCCUUCUCCUGUCCCAUUGUCUUGCAUCUCUUGUAUUCUGCUGAGCAUUGCUCCCUGCACGGGGUAUACAAAUAUAUAAAUAUAUAAAUAUAGAUAUUAUUUUAUUUAUUGAAGUCAGAAGUCUGGCUGUUUUAUUGUUAUGAUAGCCUGGAUUCUGGAAAUAAAAAAUAUAAGUUCAUGA